AUGAAACACGAAGCUAACAUGAUACUUCCCAGCGUAACCGUCUGUAACAACAACAGAUACAAGAGGAGCAAAUAUUGUCCGGAAAAUAUAAGAAAUUGUCAAAUGAACAUCAACGAAAGUUUUUCUUCUCGAUGUUCUUAUAUUUGCAAGACAUUGAAUUCUCAUCGGCUUUCGACACACAAUGCUUUGAAAUUUUGUAGUGUUUGUAAUCGUUCUCAAUUGAUACUCUAUGGUCACAGCUUUCACUCUUUGGUUCGAAAACUCGAGAUAAUACAAGCCGAUAACCAUUCUUACGAACUGAUGGAUGAUUUUCUUCACGUUACAUUAUCUCAAGGUUCUACUUGUCAAAGGAACUGCUACGUAUUGAAUUCCGUAGUAGAUAAAAUGAACUUCACGUUAAAAAAUGCUUCUUUACGAACAGAAACGCGCCAAAUUAUGAAAUUAUUCCUUGAUCUGGAACCGGAAGAGUACAUUGACCCGACAGAGAGAGUGGAAGCGGAGAUAGCCGUUCAUUCACCAUUCGAGAUAGUGAAUCCUUUUAUAAAAGGGUUUAGAGCCAAACCUGGUUACGUUAAUUACGUUAAUUUAAAUGUGUUUCAAAAAACUCUGUUACCAUCACCCUAUUCUACAAACUGCAUCAACUAUUUACAAAAAUGGAAGGAAGAAGGAAGAGUAGGACCAUAUACGUGGGAGGUAGGUACCAUAUCAUUUACAGGAUCCAAACAACACGACAGCCGGAUGGCCGAGCAAUCAGGGUUGCAAUGUACAGUACAGUACCACUCUGAGGGAUCUGCAAUUGAAAAACUCCAGGAAUUUUUCCAGAGAUGGUUCCUCACAGGCUGUCUCAUUUUGAGCCCGAUCGAACCCAUAAUGGGCUUACUUAAAUGA